CCUGAAAGAAAUUUGAAAGUGUAUCAUUUUCGACUUAAUAAAUAUAGCUGCGUGUAUUUGGUUUGAUUUCAUUUUUUUAAACAAAAUCAAUAAAUGAACAAAAAAUUAAUUAAAUAAAUAAUAAUAAAAGUUUAAAAAAUCACUGAACAAAAUUAACUUUUGUACGGACUUACUUAAUACAAAACUUGUUUUCGUUUUUUCGUCUAGUUUUUCAAUUAAUGCUUAAUGUGUAUGCAGGUCGGGAACGCGUGUGUUUUCCCAGUGGUGAUUCUUUUCAAAAUCAUCACCCUAUAUUUGAUGUACCUACUCAAACUUAUUGGAAUAAUUUUAUUUUUUUAAAUUAAAAAAAAAAACUUAACGAAGUUCGAGAAGUUUGAAUUCCAAGUUCGCGAGAAGUGUUCUAGUUUUCAAAAAUGAAAUGAGACAUAUGAAGAGAUAGCCAUCGCGACAUAGCAGUGCACUUAUAUGUUGAAAGAAUAUCGGGAAGAAUUUUUGAUUAUUUAUGGGAAGCAUUUCUUGCUUACUUCCUGAAGUUGUACCAUCGCUAUUUGUUUAUUUUUGCAUGACUUUAAAGAAAAUGAAAAUAAAUGCGUCAUAUUUUCUUUUAUAAAUAAACAUAGGAUAAGGGAAAUUACAAAAAAAAAAACAAAGUGCCAAUCUGGGGAUCAUUAACUUCGGUCACAACCACGACGGUUGACAUGCAUUGGAUUGCUGAUAUAACUAACGAUGACAAUUUAAUUAGUAGCAGUGGCUGCAGCAGCGAACCAUCAAGUAUUUAUGUACAUAUAAGUUGAUUAACAGCGGUCUUAACAAAGAAUGUUGCGUUUUAAAAAUUUUUCUUCAGUUUAACAAAAAACAAAAAAAAUACCUUUUAAAAUUAAUCGGACAAAAAUUUUAAUUUAUGUCAAAUUUGAAGAAAACUCCAGUAAACAGCAACAAUUGUCGUUUAACGAAGACGACAUGCACAUUAUAAACUAAAUGGAAGGUUAGACCGGAAAUCCUCGCGUGGAAUGAUAUAUGAGAAUGAAGAGCUGAGAUUAAGAACUAUAAACAUUAACGCAGAAGUAGAGCGUGGCCAGUCAGACAUAAGAAAACUACGUCGCGAAAACGAACAACUUAGAAGAGAAAUCUGGUCGUUACGUGACGAAUACGAUCGUUUAAAUAAACGUUUUAAAGCCAAUAAAUAUUUACACGAUAGCAAUAGUGAGCAUGGUCAAAGUGAGAGUAAUAGUGAGGACUCUGAUUCAUGUGAUACGUGCAGGGGAGACGCAGAUAUCAAUGAAGAAUGUUUAGAAGAAUUACAUGAUUGUGGCGGUAGACAACAACGUCAUAGUUUAUCUCCUUUUACAGCACGGCACCUUAAGUACGAUAAUUAUUCUCUUGAAGAGUCUUCCUCAAGAAGGGAAUCUUUUAGCGAACAAAGGAACUCCUCAUCGGCACCUCCAUUGGUAGCGGCAGCGCAAACGACGAAACUAUCAUCUUUAGACCCAAAUGAAUGCAAGCCCGUUGGAAACCCCCGGGAUAUAUUACACGUGAAUUUUGAUCAUUUAUCGAUUGUUUCUGAAGAAAAUCUAAGCAAUAGUGAUGGAAAUCUCAUUCAGAUGCCAAUUGGAGAACUGAAUCAUAAUGAGGCGCAACAAAAACAGGCACAUCCGAGUUUUUAUUAUGACGAAAAUUUUAUCGAAAUUGAUGGUGCAAGACUAUCUCCAUCGCAAUGUCUUGGAGCAAUGUCUUUACCAAGCUUAGCACCUCUUAGGCCUGUGACUCCAAUUGAAAUGGUGGCAAAUCAGUUAAAUGAUCUGCAAUCCAUAGUGCCUCCGCUCUCGUAUUUUGAGAAUAUCGUGCAAGAGCAUAUGGGAACAACCAUAAAUUGUACUACAGAGACAAACGCUUUAACAAAUACUGGUGAUAGUUUAAUUCAAACAAAUGGCUGGGACUAUAAUAUUCAAUCGCCGUUUCUUCAGCGUAAAUUUCAGUCAUCCAGUCAUUCUAGCGCAUCAUCGAAUUCAACUUCGGCAACUUUUUCACUAUCACAAGUUAAUCACCCCCCUUCUACCCAUGAAAGUUCAACACACACUGACGGCAGUGCUUACAAAAAUCUUAAGCACUUUUUUUCACCCAUCAAGCCACGUUUAAAAUUGGAUACUGCAUUGUGUUCCAAUAUGGUGACAGAAGCAUCAUCACCAUUAACAUCAAAGUCAAUUUCCCCACCGGUACAAUGCCUAGAGCGUUUGCAUCAGAAUUGCGACCCGCCUGAUUUGUAUGUUGAGAAUGCUUUACCUAGUCCUUAUUACCUCCAAUCCAUACCUGGUCUUUCACUGUCAUCGGUAUUGGUGCCGCCUUAUUCAGCAGUUAAGCAGUCAAAUAAUGAACCUAUAUAUGCAACAGCACAAAAAAAAACUCAUUCCUCUGAGCAGAGCCUAGCGAUGGCGACUGAAAGUUCUAAAAAUUCAGUAAAUUUAGAGCAGAUUCUAAAUGAAAUUGGAACGAUUUCUGAGGAUAUCUUAAAAUUGCAGCUGGAAAAAAGCAAAUCCCAAGAAAAACUUUCCACUGAUAGCCUAAAUUUAACGACUACAACUAGCUUUAGUGCAGCAUCAACCCCAUCGCACACAACUACAACGCAUACCCAAACUUUCCCGUCGGUAUGUGGCCCAGACAGCAAUUUAUCCAAAGAUCCCAAUUACAAGAACCGUAAGCCUUAUCGUUCUGAAAUGAAUUUAUUAUUAAGCUAUAAUGGAACAAACCCAGUUAUAAUACCGUUAGCCAAGAAUAAUAAUAAAAACCAAACAGGUGUGGGCAUUUCGUCAAGAAGUGAUGGCGGCAAAACGGACCGAGAUGUAAAUAGUCCGUCGCCACCACAAUUGCCCACACCUAUGGCACCGUUUCCAACGAAUCUAAUAUAUUUGGGUUUUGACAGGCUUAACCAAUCUUUGGCUGAUAGUGGUGAGAUUGUAUACCCAAUCAGUAAAGCAAUUGCGCCGCAUAAGCAAUUUAUGCUACCGGCUUCGCCAACGUUAGAAGUUGUAACGCCUUCACCAUUACCAGCGCAAUCUCCAUCACCGCCUCCAUCUCCGUCACAUAAAUCAUAUUCAGUUGCUCCAGUUUCAGUCCAAACAGCCGGCGAAGACGAUAGAUUUCUGCAUGAGAGUUUUAUGUUGCGAAAGCUUGACCAAAAAGACGCUGGUUUGAAUCCAGUUUUAGCAAUAAGCAGUCCAGAUUUAUCAACAACGUCCAUGGCUGCAAUAGCUCCUAUCAAACGAAGAAUAUUUUCAAGGCAAAAAGACGAUGGCAGCAUUGCUGCACAAACUACUCGUUCCUUUGAUGGUACUGAUGUUAAUUGCAUUAAUACAAAUGAAACCGCUAAACAUUCGAAUAAACAGCAACAACUUCCUGAGAUGAGUUUAGAUGAUGUUGUCAAGGGAAAGCUUUUCCUCGAAAGCAGUCUAAACGAAAUUAACAGCUAUGAGAGUUCCUCAGGUUCAGAGGCUACAAAACGAAAAACAUCGAGACGGGUUUCAAUUCUAUGUAACGAAGAUAAGCUUGGUGAGAAUAGUGAAGAGCAACUCCAGCCUUUGAAACAAGAGCUACAGCAACCAACUUCGACAGCUGUUUCUGUUGAUAAAAUUGACAAUAUGAUGCCAUCGAUAAUUAUUAGUUUAAAGCAGCAUGCUAAUAGCACCCCAAAUUCACCACAUUCCAACAGGCGUCGUGUUGGUAUAAAUACAAAUUCAGUGUUAUCAGUUAAUAGUGGUGGGAGUUCAACUCUACAUCACAAUGGCCAUCAUCAUCAUCACCACCAUCAUCAUCAUCACAAUCGGAAGCUAAGUCAGGAGUCAGUUUUAGCUGAAACGCGUUGUAUAAGUAUCGCCAAUAGCAUUGUAAAUAGUAGCCAAGACAAUGUACUGGCAGCUGCAGCAAUACCUUCUUCUCCGAAUCAUCAAACAACACGCUUCAAAUGUUCAAGACGACAUUCCGAAGGCACGGUUUCAUCAGUGGCAGUAGGCGGAGGAAGUGGUCAUCCUACAUCAGGUGCUGGUGUAGGUUCUCGCCUUAGUAGUAGCACAGUAGGCAACGGACAUCAUCGUAACCAUCAUCAUCACCAUCAUCGUCAUCAAGAUAGCAACCAAGAAACAGGUACAUCACUAUCCGAACGUAAUAGUGGAAGUUUAGCCUCAUCACGGGACUCUUCAACAAGCUUAAGCAUGCGAUCUCAGCGUCGAAAGAUCUCAGUUAGUUCGCACACGGGGGGAAAGAUUCCUUGGUGUGGUUGUUGGGGCAAUGGAUGUCUUUAAUGUUAAUUAAUAAGUUAAUAAUACACCAACAAAAAAAAGAAUAGCUGUCAGAAGUGCAAUAUCGAAUGUUAUUUAUCAAAAAAAAAAAAAAACAAACAAAUAAUACUACCAAAUAGACAAAUAUACCAAAAGUCCAAGCCUUAUGGGCAUUAGUUAGGUAAUAGUUCUUUUUUUUAAUUUUGUUCCUAUUAUGUAAUGUUAUUUUGUCAAAAUGAAUAACUUUUCUAGUUCAACUUAAUUUCAUUACGUUUUUUGCAGCAAUAGUUUCAUUAGAAGCUUAAAAUUUUUUACUGAUAAAUUUACAUUUUACGUAUUUAUAUUAUUUACUCCAUAACAGUUGUAUAACAAGGGUAACCUUGCAGGAGAACCACUAACUCGAAAAUAUUCCUUCAAGCAAUAAGGAAACAUUGUAGACUGUAGAAAAACGUAUAAUCUUGAAAAAUGUUUAAAUUAAUUUCGUUCAUGUGAAGUUUUUUGGAUUAUUUUAAUAUAUAGCCUUGAAGGUUCUAGUGCACUACAGAUUUAAAUUCCCAUUUUAAGUUUUUUUUUUCAAAAUUUUCCCAAAGUGGCCAAAAUUUAGGAAGGAAACCUCAUGUGACCUUAAAUAUAGAAUUACCCGUGAACUGAGUACCUAACCAAAAAAAAAAAAAUGAAAUCUUCAUCACUCCAUGUGUAAUAAAAGUCGACUUUAAUUCUUUUUAGUUUAAUUUGUUUCUAUAAAUUUAUUUUUU